AUGAAAGUAGUAACCCUCUUCAACUUCUGCAAACUAUAACACGGAAACUGCAGGAAUUUAUACAAAAGCUACUUAUUUUUCUUCAACAACAUAACAACAAUGGCAGCCAUGUCAAUCACUAAAAACGCCAUUUUUAACCUCUCUAAGGCUCUUCCUCGAACCCCUUCUCUCUUCCUUUGCCGCAACGUCUCCUUCUACAACCUCUCCAAGACUCUUCCUCGAAACCGUUCUCUUUUCAUUCGCCACAAAGUAUCUCGAGUCUGCUUUUCCUCUUCCCCGAAUUACUCCGAGGGAUACCAUGCAUCGGAAGACUUUAAAAGAAGACAAGACUUUGACAGAGGUGUUAAAGAAGAGAAAUCGCCUAUGAGGGAGAUGGCUGACAACACGAAGGACGAUAUGAAAGCGUCCAUGGACGAAACUAAACGGACAGCCAAAGACAUGAAGGACAAAGCAAGAGAAGGUGGAGAGAGCAUAAAAGACAAGGCAAGUGACAUGGCCGGAAAGGCAGCAGAUAAGGCAAAACAAGGGAAAGACAAAGCAGCAGAAAUGGCACACGACACUAAAGAGAGCGCGAAAGAGAGAGCACAUAACAUGAAGGAAAAGACCAAAGACACUGCAGAGUCCAUGGCUGACAAGACGAAAGAAUACGCGCAUGAUGCAAAGGAGACGACAAAGGACAGAGCAGGAGCUAUGGCGGAGAAGACGAAAGAAGGGGCAAUCAAAGUGGCGGAGACAGCGCAGGCAAUAGCGGACAAAGCUAAGCAGGCAAUGUCAGAUGCUAUGGGAGCGGCAAAGGAGACGACUCAGAAGAUUAAAGAAACUGUGGUUGGUUCAUCGGACGAUGACAAGAAGUCUGUUGAUGAUUAUAUUGAAGAUCAUACGGGUAAGCCGAAGGAAGAUACGAGUGAGAAAACCAUGGAUGAAGAUGUGGUGGAACUGAGAAGGCGUGCAGGGGGAAGUGGUGACAAGAAACAUUGAGGCAUGCAGGAAAUGGAAGUUAUUUUGAAUAAUAAUCUAGUGAAGGUUAUCUCUAAUAUGUUCCAACUUAUUUCCUUAUGCAUAGUGUAUACACGUACGGAACUCUGUUUUUGAGCUUUGAGGGUACUUGCACUUGGUGUGAAUUUCCUCUUCUCACCGCCUUCGAGAAGUUUGAUGGAAUUUAAAGUCUAUUAGUAUAUCA